ACUUUUCAGCUCAUUUUCUCUCUGUCAUUCCCCUCUCAAUCUUUGAUCAAUGUACUUGCCGGGGAGAACCCAAGUCCUCAAGCCUCCUCCUCCUUUUCACCGUCCUCUUUAACUUUGUGCCGGAGCGGGACCCGCACAACCACAGCCGACCCUCCCCGCUCGCCUCCCCACCCCUGCACCCCCCCCCCCUCCCAAACCAACACCGAUCGCAGCCCCCGGAGAGGACUCGCCUUUCCACUUGCGGGACACUUUGGCGCGUUCCUCUCCAGCGCGCCUCUCGCGCUCACCCCUCCGGCGCCCGCUCGCUCUCUCUCGCCCUCACCUCCUCCUCUCCCCUUCCUCCUCCUCGCUUCUCCCCGAGUUGUUGUUGUGGUUGUUGCUGCCCCGGUUCCUUCUCUCCUUUCUCCCCCUUCGCCCUCCCCGGGGUUGUGCGCUCGUGUGGCAACUUUCCCCCCUUGGCUUCUCCUCUUCCUCCUCCUCCUGCUGCUCCUCCCGGCGGCUCCCCGUCUAUGUGGCCAUGGCAGUGCCGGCGGCUUUGAUCCCUCCGACCCAGCUGGUGCCCCCGCAGCCCCCGAUCUCCACGUCGGCGUCCUCCGCGGGCACCACCACCUCCACCUCCUCGGCGACCUCGUCCCCGGCUCCGGCCAUCGGGCCCCCGGCGUCCUCCUCGGGGCCAACUCUGUUCCGGCCGGAGCCCAGCGCUCCGGCGGCGGCGGCGGCCACGGGACCCUCCACCGGCGGCGGCGGCGGCAGCGGAGGCGGCGGCGCUGGCAACGGAGGCGGCGGCGGCGGCGGCAACUGCAACCCCAGCCUGGCGACCGCGGGCGGCGGUGGCGGCAUCAGCGCCGGCGGCUGCGGCGCCUCCAGCACCCCCAUCCCCGCGAGCUCCGGCGGCGGCGGCGGCGGCGGCGGCAGCAGCAGCAGCAGCAGUAGCAGCAGCAGCAGCAGCAGCAGCAGCAGCGGCAGCAGCAGCUGCGGCCCCCUCCCCGGGAAGCCCGUGUACUCGACCCCGUCCCCAGUGGAAAACACCCCCCAGAAUAAUGAGUGCAAAAUGGUGGACCUGAGGGGGGCCAAGGUGGCCUCGUUCACCGUGGAGGGCUGCGAGCUCAUCUGCCUGCCCCAGGCGUUCGACCUGUUCCUGAAGCACUUGGUGGGGGGCUUGCACACCGUCUACACCAAGCUCAAGCGCCUGGAGAUCACGCCGGUGGUGUGCAACGUGGAGCAGGUCCGCAUCCUGCGGGGGCUGGGGGCCAUCCAGCCCGGGGUGAACCGCUGCAAACUCAUCUCCAGGAAGGACUUCGAGACCCUCUACAAUGACUGCACCAACGCAAGUUCUAGACCUGGAAGGCCUCCUAAGAGGACUCAGAGUGUCACUUCCCCAGAGAACUCGCAUAUCAUGCCACAUUCUGUCCCCGGCCUCAUGUCUCCUGGGAUAAUUCCACCAACAGGUCUGACAGCAGCAGCUGCAGCAGCUGCCGCUGCUACCAAUGCAGCGAUUGCUGAAGCAAUGAAGGUGAAAAAAAUCAAGUUAGAAGCCAUGAGCAACUAUCAUGCCAGUAAUAACCAACAUGGAGCAGAUUCUGAAAAUGGGGACAUGAAUUCAAGUGUUGGACUGGAACUUCCUUUUAUGAUGAUGCCCCACCCUCUAAUUCCUGUCAGCCUACCUCCAGCAUCUGUCACCAUGGCAAUGAGCCAGAUGAACCAUCUCAGCACCAUUGCAAACAUGGCGGCGGCAGCGCAAGUUCAGAGCCCCCCGUCCAGAGUGGAGACAUCUGUUAUUAAGGAGCGUGUUCCAGACAGCCCAUCCCCUGCCCCCUCGCUGGAGGAGGGCCGAAGGCCUGGCAGUCACCCAUCAUCACAUCGCAGCAGCAGUGUGUCCAGCUCUCCUGCAAGGACUGAGAGCUCUUCCGACAGAAUCCCUGUCCAUCAGAAUGGGCUGUCCAUGAACCAGAUGCUGAUGGGUUUAUCACCAAACGUCCUCCCUGGGCCCAAAGAGGGAGAUUUGGCCGGUCAUGAUAUCGGACAUGAGUCGAAAAGAAUGCAUAUUGAUAAAGAUGAGACCCCGCUUUCCACACCAACUGCAAGAGACAGCCUCGACAAACUUUCUCUAACUGGGCAUGGACAACCACUGCCUCCUGGUUUUCCAUCUCCUUUUCUGUUUCCUGACGGAUUGUCUUCCAUAGAGACCCUGCUGACUAACAUCCAGGGGCUCUUGAAAGUUGCCAUAGAUAAUGCCAGAGCUCAAGAAAAACAGGUCCAACUGGAAAAAACAGAGCUGAAGAUGGAUUUUUUAAGGGAACGAGAACUAAGGGAAACCCUUGAAAAGCAGUUGGCUAUGGAACAGAAAAAUAGAGCCAUAGUUCAAAAGAGGCUAAAGAAGGAGAAAAAAGCAAAGAGAAAAUUGCAGGAAGCACUUGAAUUUGAGACGAAACGGCGUGAGCAAGCGGAACAAACACUGAAACAGGCAGCUUCAACAGAUAAUCUCAGGGUCUUAAAUGACUCGCUGACCCCAGAGAUAGAAGCUGACCGCACUGGCGGCAGAACAGAUGCUGAAAGGACAAUACAAGAUGGAAGACUGUAUUUGAAAACUACUGUCAUGUACUGAAUCUUUCCUGUUGAAGAAAUCCAUGUUAUAGUAAAGAACUUUGCAGUCAGACAUUCAUCGUUGAAAAGUUUGGAAAAAAAUAAAAGUCCUUUUAAGGGAACUGCCUCAAUUUUGUGUAUUAAUGUUCUUUAAAAGUUUAAGUAUUCUACAAAAAAAAUUCCUCCACUGAUUUUCACCUAUGGUUAUACCAGAGACCUGAGAAUGUUUGUAAAUGUACAAGUAUCAAACUUCUUACAAUGAGUAUCUGCAACUUUGCUGCUGGACACUUGUAUACAGAGCUAAAGGCAGGUCUGUAUAAGACCUAGCUUUGUUUUUUUAAUGGAAUGAACCAUUUUCUUCUUCUGAAUAUUCUGUAUCUGAGCACAUCAAGAGACUCCUGUAGCAGUGGUCACCCAGACUUACAGAAUUAUGUCCUCCAGAAACCAGCAAGAACACUUGGAAAUGAACUUAUAGGAGGCAUAGAGGAUUCCUUAAAAGUCAAUACAAUAAAGAGUAAUAUUCUGUUACAUUCUAUUUUAAACUCUCUAAUUGUGGGGUUUCUCCUGAAGAUGUUUUUUCACAUACUUCCCAAAAGGCCAAUAAGUGGAUAUUGACAACAACCCAGUGAAAUAACAUUUUGAGUAUCUGGAAGGAAGUAUUGAAUAUAAGCCAAAAGGUUUCACUGAAGGUCUUUUUUUCUUUUAAAGAAAGGAAACACAAAUGCAACAUGUUUUCAUUCCUGACUGGUAGUGGUAUAUAGAAUUGAAAAUAAUAAUGAUGCUUCUUAUUCAAACUGUUGGUCACAUGUACAGUAUAUAAACAUAAAACAUACAAGGAAGGUAUGUAUGUAUGCAGUAGUAUACUAGAGUUUAGAAAAAUGAAAAUUUUAGAAAAUAUGUUUUGUCACCCUGUUGGUCAGAAAGACACCUUUCUGGUUUUAACGCAUGCAGGCAUGUAAAUAUCUGUCUGGAGUCACAGUAUUAAUGAAUGAGAUCUUAAGCAUCUGGUGACAUCAGAACUCUGUGUCAGCCAUUUUUAUUUGUAUAUUGAACCCUAGUUAGUGCCCCAAGCUGCACUAUUGAGAAUGGAUUGUGGCUGAACAGUAAAUUGAAGCACCAGAAAUAUUUUUAUAUGUUAACGUCAUAUUAUGUUAAUGUUGCUGAGAAAAAACAAAACCUGACAAACCCUUGAUGUAUCAGUCCAAUACCAUGUAGCGCUGAGUGAUAAAGUUAAAAUGUGUUGUGCUUCCCACCCUAGUCAGAGGGAAGGGUGCUUACGUGUUAUUUUCACUGUCUUUGGAGAGUUACAGUAUAUGUUUCCACUUUGUGCAGAUAACUGGAAGUAAAGCUGCAAACAGUGCGUAUUAUAUGCUAAAGUUACCUUCUCUUUGCUUUUCCAUACCUGCAGUUACAUCUUUAAAGGCUGACACUAUGAAUCAGUACAGUUAUGAUUCAUUUUAUGAUUUUGCUGUCACAUUAAAAUUUAUGGUUGUAACAUUAUUUAUUACCAUAAAUGGCAAAAUCUUAAAUAUCCAAGGAAACUAGCUUAAAAUGUUCAAGUAGUUUGGAUUUGGAUUAAUUAUUUGGUUAAGAGAAAAAUAUUAUACAUACUCUGGCAGUAAGCUUCAAUAGUUUGUAGGUCUUUCUUGUAAUACUGGAACAUACUUCUUUUGUGUAGCUCACUACAAAACAGCGAAGUCCAUUUUUUUUAAUACAAUAUAAAGGUUAUAUAUACAGUUCCUAUUUUAGCUUGCUUUAAAGGGAGUAAUAUUUUUAUUUAAAAUACUGUUAGUUAAUGCUUUGUAGAAACUUGGGUUUCUAAGCAUAGUUCUUCCAUUAACCAUCUCUUGUUUGAGCGCAGAAGAUUCUAAUCCUAGUUGUAUCUAUUUCUUGCUUUUCUCUGUAUGCAGUCUUUAAAGGAUUACAACACUUACAAUUGGAGGGACUUGUGGCAAGCUUUUGAAUCAUACAUUUUUUAACGAUUUUUUUUUUUUUAAAAAGCCUACAACUUACAUAUGUAGUAGCACCAUUGCUCUGCUCCUUGCAUAGAGUCACCUGGUAAGUAGGUUAAGUAGUUUUAAAAUACAUACUUUCAAGACCUUUGAGAAUGCUUUAGGAUUGGGUUUGAUAUAAAAAAAUAGCAAGGAUUAAAGAAAAGAGCUAUCGACUAUAUGUUAAGAGAGAAUCUUACUAACACUGUUGUAAAUAUUACAAUUCAUGAAAUGUUAUUUUAAGUCUGUAACUUAAGUUUACCCCCACCUUUUUUUUUUUUUUUUUUUUUUUAGUUAUAUAGGUUGGUUUGAAAUUUGUUUUGGUAUAAACAAGUAAAAUUGUGCCCAUUUUAUGGUUUCCAUGCUUUUGUAAUCCUAGAAAUAUUAAUGUCUAGUUCUAUAUUAUAACCACAUUUGCGCUCUAUGCAAGCCCUUGGAACAGAACAUACUCACCUUCAUGUAGGACCUAUGAAAAUUGUCUAUUUUUAUCUAUAUAUUUAAAGUUUUCUAAAAAUGAUAAAAGGUUAUUACGAAUUUUGUUGUACAAAAUCUGUACAAAAAAAUCUGUUUUUACAUCAUAAUGCAAAAAUUGGAAAUUUUUCUAUGGUAGCCUAGUUCUUUGAGUCUGGUUUCAAUGUGAGAACCAUGUUUACUGUUAUUGUAUUUAAUUUUCUUUUUUCUUUUCAACAAUCUCCUAAUAAAACUGUCUGAAAUCUC